GUCUGCGUCACGUUCGUGGUCUCCAGUAUAUCUAGCUCUUCGUCGUUAAUGCGUUGGAUCACUGUAAUACUGCCGGGCUGAUCCAGAUUCUGGCCGAGUAUUGCGAACCGCGUCUGGCGAGAUCCCGAGGGCGGAUCUACUGAGGAGAUGACGGGCUGCGCGCUGCAAGACUGACCCUCCGCGACGGGAAGAAUCCGCAGCGAUACCAAUGUGACUAGAAUCUCCACAGAGAGGAGACACAGUCUAGUUCUUUUCCACUGUAGCAUAGCGUCCUCUCGCGCUUCACUGCACACGUACACUCUCAAUGCAAGCGGCGGACCAGCACCACCCACUUUUACGCUUACCGUUGCGCAUGCGCCGGAGUAAUUAGUGCGGGGCUCACCCACCACCCAACCCACGGUUGUCUACGGCUUCGUUAACGUCGUCUGCCUCCGGUCGGUCCCUGAACGUUUUUUUUGAGCGGAUCCGUCGGGAGAUAGAGAGCGCCGAAGAUGUCCUCUAAAGGCGCGGAGUCUGGGCCCGUAGCCGCCGGCUCGCGGCCUAAGAAGACAGGAACGUCCACUGCACGGACAACCGCAGGUACUACGAGAAAGCCCGGAGCUACCGGCGCGGCGAAGACGACGAGAACUGGGGCUGGAGCGGCCGCGGGCUCAAAAUCUGCUGCUGGCAGCGGUCGCAAUGGGCCGACGUCCACUGCGUCCGCGGACGCAAUCAAGGAGAAGCUGGACAAGGCCAAGAAGCUGAAAGAACAGCAGGAACUGGAGAAGAAGAAGAAAAUGGAGGAGAGGAAGGAGAAGGAGAGGCAAAAGAAGGAAGCAGCUGAGCAGAAACGCAAAGAAAUGGAGGAGAAGAAGAAGCAGGAUAAGGAAAAGUUGCUGGCCUCGUCAGGGAGUGGUGGGGGUACACGGAAAAGUACCGGUGCGGCAGGGGUGGGCCCUGCGAAGAAGAUCACUGGGGCAACUACCACUACCAAAACCGUCAAGACGACUGUGACAAAAUCUACCAUCUUAAAAACCACCAGUUCGUCAAGACUUUCGUCUGGUACCACUGUAGGAGCCAAACCGACGACUGAUAUCGCUAGAGCUGCGGGAUCUGCGAAAGUGGGUGGAAUGAAUCGAACUACAACUCCCAAAACGCAGGGGGCAACCACUGCAAGCCGUACCGGAACGACAACAACCACAGCGGUAAGGUCCGCCGCAGCGACCAAAGCCACUACCACCAGAACCACUGCGAUCAAGAAACCGACCACUACUCGCAGUGCACCGAGCUCGGCCAAGACCACUCCUGCCAAACCGGCACCGUCGUCCAAAAUUGCCACGCCCACCCGGCCUACAUCUGGAACGAGAUCGGCUACCAGACCCGGUGCAAAGACAUCCACUCCGAAAUCCCCGGCCUCGAAAUUUGUCGCCAGCUCCUCCCCCAAGACACCAACGAGACCAAAGACUACCACUGGAACAACAACCGUGACCACACUGCGCAAACCCGGUACUACUGGUCUGCCUAAACCAAAGACAGGCGCCAGUCCUCUCGCGAAGAAGAAAACAGCGGGAGAAUCGCCUCGUCUGAAACGACCGAAGGAUCAGGAAGGUGCCAAGAAGGCAAAGAAAACUGAACUGGAAGCUGCACAGGCAGAGGUUCCCGCUGAGCCUAAGAGAACGACAGAGGAAGAGAGAGAAGCACUCGAGAAGGCAAUGGAGCAGCUCAUCGGGAAGGCACCGGCCGAAGUCCCCGAGGAGGGAACGUCGGUCGACCGCCCUCCUCUGGGGGUCGUUCCCGAGGAGUUUGGCAGCGAGUGGAAAGAGGAGCAGGAUCUCGCUCGGAAGAAGGAGGAAGAAGAGAGAACCGAGAGAAGGAAGCGCGUUGAGGAGAUUAUGCAAAGAACAAGACCACAGCUACAGGAAAACGAAGAAGAAACAGAAGAGGAGGAGACUAAGGAAUCAGAAGAAGCAGCUCCAGUUUCCACCCCAGAGGCCCAGAUACCCGAGGUGCCUCAACUGGAAGAUGAAGAACAUUUCGCAGAACCUGAAAAACCGGAACUCGUCCCGUCAGACGACGUGCCUCUUGUCCCUCAACUGGACGAGCCUCCUCCCGAGCCAGAACAACCCGAAUUUGUCCCGUCUGACGAUGCACCUCAAGAAAUCGAGCCUCCCGUCGAACCAGAAAAACCGGAAUCUGAGAAUAUCGCAGAGCCUGACGAGCCUCCUGCCGAGUUCGAAGAACCGAUAACUCCAAUCCAGGACAUCCCAUCCGAGUACGGGACGGCACAUAUCACCGAUGAACCACCUCUCGAGACAGACCAAGAACCCGCGCAAGAAGUUGAUCUACUGACAGACUCGUACGAGUAUCAACCUCUGCGUCCCUCAGAUGAACCAAGUGUUGCGUCUUUUAAAGUUGAGGCCCAGUUGCAAGAGGAGCAGCUGGUGGCAGUUGUGGAAGACGAGGAAAUGCCUCAGGCACCAGAGGAAGAUGUGGAGGAACAAGAGCCACCGAGCGACUUGCUGGGAGAGGAGGGAGAGAAGAUGGAGCCGGAGGCUGUUUCAAGGGACGACGAGGAGUGGGUCGUGGUCGAUGAGUCAGUUCCUCCGACAGAGGAGGUAGUUCAGGGAGAAGAGGGAGAAGAGGAGGUUCCCGCUUCUUUCGAACAACCAACUCCACCGCUGGUGGACGAUGAGGAAGAGGAGGAGGAGGAGGGGCAGGAAGAGCCUUCUUACCCCAGUGAGGAGCCACCAGAGCCGUUGCAGGAGAGAGAGCAAGAAGAACUCCCUGACUUCAGCCCGGAGCCACCUCAGGAGGAAGAUGGAGAAGAAGGAUCACCUACACCUGAACCUGAGGAGCAAGGGCAGCAACUGCCACCACUGGAAGGAGGGCAGGAACCGCUCAGCCCGUAUUACGAGGUCCCAGUCCCGUCUGCCAAGCCCGAGGUUGAUGACCCGAUUGGCGAUCAGGACUUCCCGUCUGACGAUACACCCGCUCAACCCGAUUCCGACCUGAUCGACGAUCAGGACAUCCCAUCUGACGAUACACCCGCUCAACCCGAUUCUGACCUGAUCGACGAUCAGGACAUCCCAUCUGACGAUACACCCGCUCAACUCGACGACAAAGACGAGAACGUGCUCCAACACCACGACUACCGAGGGGACGACGAGGCCGGGGAGCCGGAAUACAACCAGGAAGACGAGGAACAGAUGGGGAGCAGUUUUAUCCCGAUCAGCAUCGAAGAGUACGACCAGAGAAGCGAGACGAGCAGCACUGCAGCUUUUCCGUCAACACCUCCUCUCUCUAUGGUUGUAGAGCGAGGCUCCCCGGUCGCAGAGCUGACCGAGCCGAGCGUCACGAGUCAGGACGACGAGCAGGAAGACUUUGUCGCCAGAGAUCAAGCCGUGGAAGAAGGAGAUGAACCGCCGUACGGCGAGGAAGGUCUGCAGGAACAAGAGGCCGUGGAUGACCUCCAAGAAGAGGUGGCCCGAGACACCGUGGAUGGUGAGGGGAAUGAGGAGACUGGGCUGGCAUUUGGGGGAGACGUAAUGGAGGAGGAGGAAGUGGUAGACGACGUUCAGGAAGAGCUGCAUAUGACAGGCGAAGAGAUGACUCGUACCGUUGAGGGUACCGAGGAUGAUGGGGCAGCUGGAGAGGAGGCAGAGGAUGGG